UAUCAUGACAAAGAUGGUCAUGCUACUCCGGACUCCAUUUGGGCCUUUUCCGACAAGGUACCUUGCACUGUUCUGCUUAUCGCGACUGCCACCGGGGUCUGCUUGUCGGUAGCCGAGAUCGUCGUCCGUACUAUCACCUCAAAUCCCGCCUUUACCUGGUUAUUAUGGCUGCGCAUCGCUGCGUGGGUAAUGCUGGUGAUCAGCCUGUCAGUUCUAAUGGGGGAGAGAGAAUGUACGACUCGUUUUACGCAUGGCUGCUGGAUCAGUGUCGGCUGUCUUGCUAUGCUGGCCAUGCUUACCAGUGAGGGAUAUCGCUAUCAUGAGGUUGAUGAGCUCUCUGCUUCCCAACGGUUCUUCCUGUUAGGGCAAAUAUGCGCUGCAUUCGGUGCCUGCAUCGCGGCUGCUUCCAUCCCGCGUCGUCCGGACGUCUACCGCAAUGAGACCCUGGUGGAUCGCAAAUCAUCGACUUCCCUCCUCAAAAGAUUAUCAUUCAGCUGGUUACAUGUUUCCUUGUCUCCCGAUCAGAAACACAUCAAUGUUCACGAGGUGCCCGAGUUAGAAUACUCCAACCGAACGUCGACUCUUUCCGAUCUCAUGCGCGAGGCUCGUGCAGCCUACCCAUCCGGUACAAGCCUGUGGAAAGUCCUCUGCAUCUGCCAUCGCAAACCUCUAGCUUUCCAGCUCUGCCUGACUCUGGUCCAUGCAGUUGUGUCUUUUGCGCCUCAAUAUGCCAUCCUCAAUAUCCUGCAGCGACUAGAGAAGGAUCCCAAUGACUCUUGGUUAUGGCUACCCAUCAUCGGACUUGGCGCCUCACUCAUUUUCUCGGCACUCCUUGAGAACUGGAAUUAUUACCAGUCCUCCAACCGAAUCGCUGUGCGGCUCCAGGAACAGCUGUCAGCAGCUAUCUACGAUAAGGUUCUGAGUGGCAAAACUGCUCGGAGCACACCGGUCGCAAUGAGCAACGAGGAGGAGGAGCAAGGUACCAUGAAUCUCGUGGCCGUUGAUGCGAAAAGGGUAGCCGACUUUUCUGCCCUUGGCUUUAUGCUUUGUGACGCGCCACUCAGGAUCAUAAUCGCAGCCAUCUCGAUCGGUCGCUUACUGGGACCGCGAAGUCUUGCGGCCGGUGCAGUGGUCUUUUUGCUUGUCACAGCAGGCAACAUACACGCUGUGUACAAGUAUGCUGGUACGCAGAAGGACCUCUUAAAAUCCCGCGACAAGAAGAUGGCAACCAUAAUCGAGGUGUUGCAAGGCAUCCGGCAGGUCAAGAUGUCUGCAUUGGAGGACAAGUGGGAGGGUUGCAUCAACGGCUUGCGCGAUAAAGAACUGGAAAGCCAAUGGCAGGUCUACAUUUGGGAGCUGUUGAUGUUCGUCACUUACAAUGUUGCCCCUGUUCUGGUAUCUGCCGCAUGCUUGGGCACGUAUGCGAUCUUCCAUGAAGGGAUGCCUGCUUCCAUCGCCUUCACUUCCAUCUCUCUUCUCGGUGCUCUGACUACGCCUCUGGCUGUCCUUCCGCAGAUCCUGCUAAGCGCCACAAGCGCGCAAGUAAGCCUUCGACGGAUUGAGAGAUUCCUACGCCCUCCUGACCAGCGUCUCCAAGUCCAAUCGGCGGAUGAUGUGGUCUUGGACCAAGCGACGCUUUCCUGGAUGAACCGCCACCAUCGCGGAGCCUUCAAACUGAACGAUCUCACACUCCUAUUCCCCGCGGGUGCGUUAAGCGUUGUGACUGGCCCGUCAGGCUCCGGUAAAAGUCUCAUUCUCGCGGCUAUUCUGAACGAAUGUGAGUUUCUUGCCGGCCAGAUGCGGAGACCGCCAUCGUCGGCUAUCGCCUUCGUUCCCCAGGAACCCUGCAUCCGCAGCGGCACUGUUCGAGACAACAUCCUCUUUGGCAGCCCGUUUGAUCAAGAUCGCUAUCAGAGCGUGGUUUCAGCGUGCGCUCUGGAUCGCGACUUGGAGCUGAUGGACAUGAAGGACAAGACCGAGAUGGGCCCGCAAGGCAGCAACCUGAGCGGGGGACAACUAUGGCGUGUUUCACUUGCACGCGCGCUUUACUCCAGUGCCGAGAUUCUUGUGCUGGAUGACAUUUUCAGUUCGAUCGAUGCACAGACCGCACAACAUCUAUACGAGCAUGCACUCAUGGGAAGCCUUGCCCAUGGACGGACGCGCAUACUGGCGACAUACCAUCUCGAGCUGUGUCUCCCAGGCGCGGAGUACGUUGUUGCACUGGAUGAGGCAGGGCUGCGAUAUGCUGGGCCUCGGAAGAAUCUGAAAGAGAUGGGAAUCUUUAGUGAUAUGCCCUCGGCCGCGAUGCGUGAAGAGAAGCCUUUAACUUCGAGGAAUACGCAGGAUAUUGGCGGUUGUUUGUCUGAAGAGGUGCCGUGGGGUGGCACUCUUUUACCUUCAGAGCAAGAGCAGACUUUAUUGGAAGACCGGGGUCAGGUUGAUGCUGCGCGGAUCAGCAAAUGGCAGAUCCGCCAAAGGAUCUUCAAGCUCUCGGGCGCUGGAUAUCGCUGCAUGAUACUGCUAGGACUGUAUCUGUUAUACAGUGGGCUGGGCGUAGGACGAGGUCUUUGGAUGAUGGUCUGGAGUAACAACAGCGAUCCAUCUGCGGGGAAGGUCGAAGGCUCCUUGGGGACGAAAUCCACAGCGGUGGCAAGUGACGUGAGGUGGUUCCUUUCUAUCUAUCUGACCCUUGCAAUUGUCUCGUGCUUGGUCACUGUGGCACGGAGCUUCCUAGCCAUACGUAUCGUACUGCAGAUGUCUCGACGACUCUUCCAUCACUUCCUCGGUUCGAUCCUUCGUGCACCCCUACAAUGGCUUGACAAGCUUCCCACCGGGAAUAUCCUGAACAAUUUCUCCACCGAUUUCAGCUUGAUCGAUUCGCGACUGGGCUAUGAUCUCAACUACGCUCUCGGGCUUGUUGUCGAUCUCCUUGUCAUCGUAUUAGCAGCGUCAAUCGUGAAUGUCUGGCUCAACCUUCUGUCACUUGGCUCGCUUCUUCUGGCCACAUAUUACGGUCGGAAGUUCAUCAGGAAGAUCCGCGCUGUCAAAGAAUUGGAAAGCCGGAUGCGAAGCCCCAUCCUGAAUCAUCUGUGUGCGACCGUAGACGGUAUCAUGACCAUCCGCGCCUACCAACAACAAGAGACCUACCGCGACGAGAUGCAUGCGCAUAUUGACCGCCACUGCCGCGCCUCAUGGAGCCUAUGGCUCCUAACCCGUUGGAUCUCCAUGCGAGCCAGCACGAUCGGUGCCAUCUUCACGACCCUUGGGUCAGCGCUGGUCCUCUGCACGAACGGUGUGACAGCCGCGACCGCGGGAUUCGCCAUCACCUUCAUCAUGCGAUACAGCGCGAUCAUGUCGCAAGCGAUCCGGCAGUACGCCAACCUUGAGAUCUCGCUGAACAGCGUCGAACGAGUUGCGGCGUCUCUGGAUACCCCCAAGGAGAAGUACGACAGUCCCACUCCAGUGGCAGCGUCCUGGCCCACGGAGGGCCGACUCGAUGUAUCCGAGUUGACCGUGUGCUACACCCCCGAGCUCCCGCCCGUGCUAACGAACCUCACCUUCUCUAUUCUACCGAACACCCGCGUGGGGGUCGUGGGCCGCACCGGGGCCGGCAAGUCCUCACUGGCAAUGGCGCUGUUCCGAUUCCUCGAAGCCCAAGAGGGCAGUGUCCGCAUCGACGGCGUCGACAUCAGCACGAUCCCCCUCCACGACCUCCGCUCGCGUCUGGCCAUCGUGCCCCAGGACCCCGUCCUCUUCUCGGGCACCAUCAAGUCGAACCUCGAUCCGUUCAACGAAUAUUCCAACCGUGACCUUUUCACCGCCCUUCAACGCGUGCACUGGACCAUCCCAGAUACGCUUCUCCCUCGAGCCACCUCCACAACCCGGCACCACGAUGACCCCGAGGUCACCAAUGACAGCGACAGCGACAGCAACAUCCCUCUCGAAUCUCUCGAACCCCACGCGCACCUCCCCCGCAACGUCCUCAGCACCAAAGUCUCCGAACGCGGUAGCAAUUUCUCCCAGGGCCAGCGACAAACCCUCUGCCUGGCGCGGGCCAUCCUGCGGCGUCCGAAGAUCCUGGUGCUGGACGAGGCUACCUCGGCCAUCGACAAGACCACGGACGCGGUAAUCCAGGCCUCGAUCCGGGCGGAGUUUGGAAGGAAUUACUCCUCGGUGCUGGUGAUUGCCCACCGCCUGCGCACGAUCGUGGACUUUGAUCGGGUGCUGGUGCUGGACGCGGGGCGGAUUGUUGAAGACGGGUCUCCCAGAGAGUUGAUCGCUGAUCCGGAGGGGGUGUUCCGCGGGUUGGUGGAGAGCAGUGUUGAUCGGGAGGAGUUGAUGGAGGUUAUU